GCCGGGCUUCCGCUCCGCACGCGCAGCGUCCUCCGGUCUCCUAGCAACCGGCUCCGGAAGCAGCCUCUUCAGGAAGGGAGGGGGCGCCUCCUGGAGGAAACAAUGCAGCUCCAAUGGAUAGGAAAUACUUGAGUUUCCAAUACAAAACUGAACAUUACCAGUUCAAGGCCUGGAGUCUGUGCCAAAGGUAUUGACCAAGAAGGUAUUGAGUCCUCUGGUUGCAUACCUCAGGCAAAAGGGGAUGCAACUGUGUCCAUACCUGGAGAAUAUUUUGUUGAAGGAUAAUGGCAGGAAAAGUAAAAUGGGUGACCGACAUUGAGAAAUCUGUAUUAAUCAAUAACUUUGAAAAAAGAGGAUGGGUUCAAGUUUCAGAAAAUGAAGACUGGAACUUCUACUGGAUGAGUGUGCAAACGAUUCGAAAUGUCUUCAGUGUGGAAACUGGUUACCGCCUCUCCGAUGACCAGAUUGUCAACCAUUUCCCAAACCAUUAUGAACUCACUCGAAAGGACCUAAUGGUAAAAAAUAUAAAGAGGUAUAGGAAAGAAUUAGAAAAAGAAGGUAGUCCUCUUGCAGAGAAAGAUGAAAACGGAAAAUACCUUUAUUUAGAUUUUGUCCCUGUUACUUUCAUGCUCCCAGCUGAUUACAAUUUAUUUGUGGAAGAAUUCCGGAAAAAUCCUUCCAGUACUUGGAUUAUGAAGCCCUGUGGAAAAGCCCAAGGAAAAGGAAUAUUCCUUAUCAAUAAACUUUCACAAAUUAAAAAGUGGUCUCGAGACAGCAAAACAUCAACGUUUGUGUCUCAGUCUUCUAAAGAGGCGUAUGUGAUUUCUCUCUAUAUCAACAAUCCACUACUGAUUGGGGGAAAGAAAUUUGACCUGCGGCUGUAUGUCUUAGUGUCAACUUACCGUCCUUUGCGGUGCUAUAUGUAUAAACUUGGUUUUUGUCGAUUCUGCACAGUAAAAUAUACACCGAGUACAAGUGAAUUAGACAAUAUGUUCGUGCAUCUGACAAAUGUUGCCAUUCAGAAGCAUGGGGAUGAUUACAAUCAUAUUCAUGGUGGCAAGUGGACAGUGAGCAAUCUGCGCUUGUAUCUUGAAAGCACUCGAGGGAAAGAGGUCACCAGCAAGCUGUUUGAUGAAAUACACUGGAUAAUUGUGCAGUCGCUGAAGGCUGUCGCACCUGUAAUGAAUAAUGAUAAACACUGCUUUGAAUGCUAUGGGUAUGAUAUCAUCAUUGAUGACAAGCUUAAGCCGUGGCUUAUUGAGGUCAAUGCUUCUCCAUCUCUUACCUCCAGUACCGCCAAUGACCGUAUACUCAAAUACAAUCUUAUUAACGAUACCCUCAAUAUUGCUGUGCCUAAUGGAGAAAUUCCAGAUUGCAAAUGGAAUAAAUCACCUCCAAAGGAAGCUCUUGGGAAUUAUGAGGUUUUGUAUGAUGAAGAGAUGGCACAAAGUGAAAUGUCAGAUCGUGACUUGCGAAGUCGUUCUGGGCAGCCCAUGGGGUUUAAGGGAAACCGUGCCAGAGACACUGGGAAAUCAGGGCCCCUUACAUGGAAGUAGCUGCAGAAUAUACCGAAGAUUGAUGCUUCCUGGAUUUUGGGGCUGCGGUCUUGGCAGAAUGUUGCUUUGAAAUGAAUCCACAGAUUUGGAUGACCUUCUCUUUUGCAAAAUUCUCAUAUGGGGGAGUAACUUUGUUCAAAAAGGACAGAAUAUUUUCUUUUGUUCUGUAUUGUCAGCAGAGGUCUGUACACAACUGAUUCAGUGCCAUUAUACAAACAUCUAUAUAAUUAUGUGCAGUUGCUACGAGAUUUGUUAUGCCGCAUGCUCUAUCAAGAAAUUGGAAUAUAUAGUAUGAGUUAAUGCAAGUGGGAUUCAACUUUUAAAAAUAAACAGACGCGUUUCCAGGA